GUUAAAAAUUUAAAUUAAAUAGAGAUCAUGUCUAAUAAAGCUGACAAACUGCUUAAACAGGCUAUGCGCGAGCAGCAGAAGCGUAUUAGGCCUGGUGAAUGUCAGAAGUAUGUGCGCAUAGUACUAGAUCAAGGGCUACUGCGUAUUCCCUGGGGCCAGGAGCUGCUUGAAAAAAUAAAUAAUACGGAUCUAAAGUAUGAAAUACGCAGUUUACCUGCACGCAACUGCAUUAUAUGGGAGCGCAAUGUCGGCCAACAGACACUUGUGGCGGGCGUCGAGUUAGAAGAUGCCUGGCGCAUGGAGCAACAGGUUCUGUUGGUCUAUACAGAAACGGAUUUUCAGCGCGCACUUAAGGAUCGCAACUUGAGCUGCAUAGGAGCAAAGCUGCAUGAUGCAUUCCCCGCAUCCAAUUGCCAGUUUACAGUGGUUGUGCCCCGGCUGCGCCAGAGCAAACACAGCCACGAGGCGAAUGCAUUAAUUGAACUACAACUGCUACAGCAUUUGCAUGUGGAGCAACUGGCUCAACCGCAAUGCCAGGAAUUGCUAUCACUGCUGCAGCGCUACACUAAGGCCAUAGCUGAGUUGCCAUACAAGCAGCAGCGACAAUCGAUUCUGGGCAGCUUUAAGAAAUACCUGGCCAAUGAUAACAAACAAUGCGUCCGCGUGGAGCAGGGCAAUGGCUAUGGACGUCUCUGGCAACAGCAUUUGAAUCGUUUGCCACUGGUUACACUUGAGGUGGCCGAAUCCAUCAUCUCUCAAUAUCCAUGUCCCAAGCGCAUGUUUCAGCACUUUGAGGAAGAUCCACAGGCAGUGCAAACGUUGGCAGACAUCAAAAUCAAGCGCAGCAAUGGACCACAGCCGCUACAGUCAGAACGAAGGAUUGGCAAUGUGCUUAGCAAUAAGUUGUAUACUUUAUAUACUACCAGGGAUCCGAACACCUUAAUAUAGGGUUCAGUAUACAUUAUAU